AGCAAUGGCCACAGAAGCGCCUGUGAACAUAGCCCCCCCCGAACGCAGCACUGUUGUCAGCACAGCAGCUGACAGCUUCAUUUGGCAGCCAAACUCGCUAACCAUGCACGUCACAAGGCCCAAGUCCGCCAAGGGACGUACCCGGCCAUGUCUGCGCAAGCCCCCAGGCACAGAGGGGUGCUCCGGCCACACAGCAUCUUCUCCGACUCCAGCCAUUCCCUGCGAGUUGCCCAGCAGCCAGAAACCGGGAGCCUGCACACCCAGAUCUCCAAAUCAGGGAGCCCCCGAUGAGAUCCCGGAGCUGCUGCAGCAGGUGCCAAUAGGGGCGUCCUCUUCCCUCAAUAAAUACCCAGUCCUGCCUUCCAUCAACAGGAAGACCCUUGAGGAGGGGGCCCUGGAAACAGUUGCUAAAAAAGCCGGCUCCCUGCAACUGCGCAGCCCCCAGGCUCUUUACCAAGAGGAGACCUGCACCAUGAAGAUGAGUGAAGAAGAUUCCCGAGCUCAGCCUUGUUCCCCAGAGAGGAAAUUCAUCGUGCGGACCAAGAAACAAAGCUCCUACACAGCCAGAGACCUGGAGGAACCGUCAGAUCAAGAGCCAAGGCUGCUGCUUGCUGUCAGAUCACCGUCAGGCCGAAGGUUUGUCCGCCAUUUCCGGCCAACUGAUGACUUACACACCGUUGUCGCCGUGGCCGAACACAAGAACAAGGCCACCUACCGACACUGCAGCAUUGAAACGAUAGAGGUGCCCAGGAGACGUUUCUCUGACCUCACCAAGUCUCUGCAGGAGUGUGGAAUCCUCAACAAGUCGGUGCUGGGCAUCUCCCAGGAAGAUGGGGAGGGGUGGCCCUGAGUCCUCAGCCACCCAGCUGGGGUUCUGGGUCUCUGAGCAAGGAACGUGCUUGGGCGCCACAGCCUCCCGGGCAGCUUGGUUGCAAGUGCCAUGUGAACCUGGUCCAGCUGUGACUCUUGGGAUGCUCACCCUGAGAGCAUCUUCUUUGAAGCAGUGAAAUCUACACACAUGCCAAAUGUGUUAAGAAGAUUCUCUUCCAGUUAAAUUCUCUCCACCGCUGGAGUGAACUGGCAAGUAACCAAGGCUGUUCCUGGAACAGCUGUGACCAGGCCUUCUUCUUUUCUCCUUGGGUCCCUUCUGAAGCACCUGCUUGCCUUUACAAUGAACUCGCACUCUCUUG